UCAUCCUUCCCAGCAGCACCCAUAUUUCCUCGAAAGACCGACAGUGGAGAAAGCUCUCCAAUGGCCCAGUUAAUAUCUCCUGUAUGCACAGAUGCACUUAAGAUUAAAAAACCAUCUAACGUUUUCCAUAUUUCUUCAAGAGGAAAGACCGCCCUUUAUCAUAAUAAUUCCCGGAGUGUUUUGAACUCUAAGAGAAGAGAUUUUGGCAGAAUCAGGGUUGCAGCCAACAGUUCAGCCUCUGCAGAUGCUGUUGCCGAUGAUUAUUACGCGGUCUUAGGUCUCCUUCCAGAUGCGACACCAGAGCAGAUCAAGAAGGCUUAUUAUAGUUGCAUGAAAGCAUGUCAUCCAGACUUGAGUGGCAAUGACACAGAUACCACAAAUUUCUGCAUGUUCAUCAAUGAGGUCUAUGCGGUGCUUAGUGACCCUUUGCAGCGCAUGAUCUAUGAUGAAAUUCAUGGCUUCGCAUUGACAGCAAUGAAUCCUUUCUUUGAUGAUUCCAGCCCAAAGGAUCAUGCCUUUGUUGAUGAGUUUAGCUGCAUCGGAUGCAAAAAUUGUGCCAAUGUGGCUCCUGAAGUAUUUGGAAUUGAGGAAGAUUUUGGAAGAGCCAGAGUUUACAGUCAAUGUGGAAAUCUUCAAUUAGUCCAGCAAGCAAUUGAAAGCUGCCCAGUUGAUUGCAUCCAUUGGACUUCUGCGGCACAGCUUUCUUUGCUUGAAGAUGAAAUGCGCAGAGUAGAAAGAAUAAAUGUUGCACUGAUGCUUUCAGGAAUGGGAUCUGCAGGAGCAGAUGUUUUCAGAAUGGCAUGUUCUCGAUGGGAAAAGAGGCAAGCAAAAAUCUUGGAUCAGGCUAAAAUAAGGAUGAUGAAGCAAAAAGAUGUUGAUAAAAAGGGGUCUUACUGGAGCGAUCUCUGGGGUAAUCCAAAAGAAAACCAAAGUUCAGAGGAAGAAACCAAAGAAAGAGCAAGAAGAGCCGCAGCAGCAGCUCGAAGAUGGAGGGAGUACUCAAGGAAGGGUGUUGAUAAGCCUCCCGCUUAUAAACUUCCGGAGGCAAUCUCCAAUAAUGAGAAAUGAUCAGUAAAUAGCGUAUCUUUCCACUCCACUGUAAUUAAUUAGCCUAUAGAUUACUGAAGAAUCAUUGAUUCUCUUCCUCAUGAAACUAUGAUUGAUACCACGACUCUGUCCACAAUGAUUAUUGAAACUGAAGUUGAUAAAUGAAAUGGGAAGAGGUUAUUUAUGGAGCAA